AUGAACAUUACCUUAACUUCAUUAAAUCUUUCUAAUAAUGAAAUCUAUUUUGAAGAAGGAAAGUUAUUAACAGAGGCACUCCAUAAAAAUUUUACAUUGAUCACCUUAAAUAUUAAAAAUAAUGAGAUUAGUUAUGCCGAAAAAAACAAAUUGAAAGAAAUCCUUCGAGCAAAUUAUACACCAGCAACUAUAAUUUAUGAAA